CCAAUAAAAAUUAAAAAAAAAAAAAGUUUGGGUUACUGCAUGGGAAAGUAAGGGGCGGCAACGGGCAAUGGGGCUGAGCCUAGUUCCUUGCGCAAGCCGACCGCCAGGAAGAUCAGAGUGCAGUGGCUGGAAGCUGGUGGGGCACGGCCUCGAUGUUCCAUAUUGAGGGCUUUGCACCCCAGCUGGACCCCGAGGAGAUGAAACGGAAGAUGCGCGAAGAUGUGAUCUCCUCCAUACGGAACUUCCUUAUCUACGUGGCCCUGCUGCGAGUCACUCCUUUUAUCUUAAAGAAAUUGGACAGCAUAUAAAGAUUGGACAUCACAUGUGAAUGCGUGAUAUGAAGAACCUGGUUCCAGUUUCUACUCUGCAAAUGAAUAGGCCCAGAAAGAUGUAAGAGACUCUUUGACUGAAUGGACAUAAAACUUCUACUUGUUAAGAACAAGUUUGGCUCUGGUAACUGACCUUCACAGCUAAAAUAUAAAUUAAUUGGGAAGUAUGAAAGAUGUUUUAUGACCGUAGUAUGCCCUUAAUACCUGUGAUAUUCAGCCUCCAUGAAUUUUGGU